AUGGAAUCGGUCAUCCUCGCGUACCCGGAUCUACAACCAAGAUCCACUUUGUCCCUACCGCUGCCAUGGGACUGGCCACCGAGAGUUCGGGAGGGUGAGCCCCACCCCUACAUACUGCUGCCGGCGAGGAUCUACUCAGAGCAUCGUCUCCCAUGGCCUGCUUGGGGGAGCUCUGAUCUGUUUGAGACAAAAAAUAGGAGAAUGGGAGAGGCACAGAUGGGGCUCAAUCACGCGACCCGCUCCGACCCGAUGCGAAGGCAUCGCGGCCUCGCGAAUUGGCUCCGCCGCUGA